AUGGCCAUGGCACGGCCCAUACGGGCUCUGGUCGUCGUGUCCGUCAUGCUGUGGUGCUUCUUCAUCUACCUCAUAUUGGGACCCCAAAGGGAAAUCCACCUCCCAGAGCGCUACAGUCAUGAGCGCGACCCCAACCUAGACCUGACCGGCGAACCCGAGGGCACCCUGACCUAUGCCUCGGAAGCCUACGCCCCUGGCGUCGAGAACUCGGCACGCAUCAACGCGACACUGCUGGCCCUGGUCAGGAACGAGGAGCUUGUCGGCAUGCUGUCCUUUACCGACGAGUUCAAGCGCCGCACCGCCGCCGCCACCAACGCCGAGGUCCGCUACGAGGUCAUCCCCAAGGAGCACUGGGACAUGCCGUCGUGGAUCAACAAGGAUCUCUACCGCGAGUCGACCAAGAUGCUCAAGGAGAACGGCAUCCAGUACGCCGACAAGGUCUCCUACCACUCCAUGUGCCGCUGGAACAGCGGCAUGUUCUACAAGCACCCGGCCCUCGCCACGACGCGCUACUACUGGCGCGUCGAGCCCAAGGUGCACUUCUUCUGCGACGUCGACUACGACGUCUUUCCGCUACAUGCAGGACAACAACAAGACCACACCAAGGAGGCCAACCCAACUCGACGUGCCACUUCUGGAGCAACUUUGAGAUUGGCGACAUGGACUUUUGGCGCAGCAAGCCCUACGAGGACUACUUCAACCACCUCGACCGCGCCGGCGGCUUCUUCUACGAGCGCUGGGGCGACGCCCCCCGUCCCACAGGCAUCGCCCCUCGCCCUGGUUCGAGGACGC